ACCACGUAUAUAAAUGAAAAUACUAGAACAAGAUUUUCAGAGUUGCUCCGAUUUCCCAAUCGUGGGGCACCAACAGGUGAAGAACAAUCUCUUUUCGAUUGCUGCAUGAAACCCUAAUUCACUUGAUUCUCGAUCUUGAAGGAGCAAUUCUUCCUCGCUCGUCUUCUGUCUCCAUCUGUAUAUAGAUCCGUUGGAAAUCCUGUUACGAUUGUUAAUUGCAAAAUGGAUGGGAACAAGGACGAUGCGUUGAAAUGCUUGAGAAUCGGAAAAGAAGCGUUAGAAGCUGGCGAUCGCACCCGAGCUUUGAAGUUCGUGAUGAAAGCUCGCCGCCUCGACCCCACGCUGCCGAUCGACGAACUAUUGUCGGCGAUAGAUAAGGAUGCAGGCGAUCAACCCCCCGCAGCUGCCUCGGCUGGACCGUCAGAGCAGUCAAAGCCGCCCUCCGGUCAACCUUCUAUCCGCCGAAGGGGUCCUGUGGCUGGGGCUUCGGCAGCGGCGUCAUCGUCAUCCUCAUCCUCAUCGGUUACAUAUACUGAGGAGCAAAUUUCAAUUAUCAGAGAGAUUAAGAGGAAGAAGAAUUACUAUGAGAUUUUGGGGUUGGAGAAGAAUUGUACUGUGGAGGAUGUGCGAAAAUCAUACAGGAAGCUGUCUCUGAAGGUUCAUCCGGAUAAGAACAAAGCCCCUGGCUCUGAGGAAGCGUUUAAGGCUGUCUCAAAGGCGUUUCAGUGUCUUAGUAAUGAAGAGAGCAGGAAGAAGUAUGAUCUUUCUGGAGAAGAUGAAUCCGUUUAUGAGAGGCGAGCAGCGGCAAGGCCCGCAACCAGGGCUUAUAAUGGAUACUAUGAGGCUGAUAUUGAUGCUGAGGAAAUAUUUAGGAAUUUCUUCUUUGGUGGUAUGGCUCCUGCAACUAAUUUUGGUGGAUUCAGUUUUGGACCAGGGAUGGGUCAUAGGCAGGCUGAACAUGGGUCUGCUGGUGGAUUUAAUGUCAGGGCGCUAAUUCAGUUGCUUCCUGUUCUGCUUAUUUUGCUUUUAAACUUUUUGCCAUCUUCCGAUCCUAUCUAUACACUUUCUCAGUCCUAUCCUUUUGAACAUCGGUUUACUACACCGAAGGGUGUUAACUACUAUGUUAAGUCCACGAAUUUUGCUCAAAAUUAUCCGCCGGGUAGCCGCGAACGCUCAACAGUUGAAGAAAAGGUUGAGAGGGAAUACUUCAGCAUUCUUCGUCAGAACUGUCAUUUUGAGUUACAGCGUCGCCAGUGGGGAUAUGUCCGGGAAACACCACACUGCGACAUGCUUCAGAAGUUUGAUUUAGUGAAUUGAUAAGUUGAAUCAAGGUCCUAAUUUUAUUUUGUCUUGUCUUUUGAUAUAGAUGCAAAUUUACCUGCUUGUGAUAUUAUAGGAAUGUACAAUUUAUUUUUCACUUAGAUAUUAGUGAAGCAGUUCAAAAUAAGUCACUUGGUUGGGAUUGUUAGCACUUAAAUUUCAUUAAAUAUCUCUCUUAUCUAUCUUCCUUUUCUACUUAAAAUAUGCCUUUUGAUCCAUGUGUAUUUAUAUUCAAUUGCAGUGAGUGGUACAC